GGUAUGCUGAGACAUAUCCUCUACACUUCCGAGGGCGAGCCCCGUAAUGCUGAUCAAGGCUACAGCAUUUCCACACCAAAGCAGCAUUGAUGAUAUCCUCCGCUAGGUCUAGCUUGCCGCAAUGGGAAACCGGAGACGGCAAGAUCAAACAGGAUCGCUGGUUUAACAUCAUCAUAGAUGAUACUGAGGUGCUUCUGCGCGAUCUACAGGACUGGAAACGGCCCGACUUACCAGACAGAAAGCCACCAGCAUUAGUCAUCGAUGUGUACCUUGAUACGGUCAACAUCAAUCCCAACCAGGUUGUUGUCGCCGUUGAUGGAACUGGUAGGAGAUGGGACAUAUCCGACGCCUUGUCUGCAUCUUCAAGUGCAAGUCCAAGUUCACGCAUAACUAAGGCUGGCGGCAAGAGCAUGGAAGUACUCCUCGAGCGGUGGAGGGUCGAGCUCCGCGACCAAGAUUCUGUAACUUCUGCAGAAGCUAACGACCCGCUUCCAAAUGUUUACAAAAAAGGUGUGGUGCUGUUUCGAUCGUUAUAUACGUACCUACGCUUCCUGCCGGCAUGGAAGCUUUACCGUCGACUUGGACGUCACGGGGCGAAUAAUGGUGGCCUGAGGCUAAAAUGGCGGAUUAGGCAGGGCUUGGCAGGCGAUGGCAAGGGCGAGCCUUUCCCUCUUCUCGUUCCUCGCGAUGAAGCAUACACUCGCCCAAUCAGCUAUGGUGUCUCAUCUCAGGGAGCGAACGACACUAUUGAAGACACAGAAACUCACGAUGCUUACACCACUGGUAACUUCACUCCGUUGCGGACUCCGGCCGGGCCACUGCAUAUCAGCGUCGAUUAUCGCUCGGAUUGCCAACAUUUCGACAUCGCAUCCUCGGAGGCAUUGCUAAGUUCACGUUUCUUGCAUACCGACGAGGGUAUGCCAACGAUGCUACAACAAGCCGGACGCUCGCUGCCUGGAGCCAGGACACCCAAGCGCGACAUUGACACAUCUUCUCGCACGGCACCACGCCAACCGCGAGCACUGUUGGGCGCAUAUGGCAGUCUCAACACAUUCCACGCUACCGGAAAGCGGGAGUCGCCGGUCACAGUGUUAAGGCAGCGGCAAUCCGAGGAUGAUGUGGAAGCGGACGCGGACACACGCUGGACGCCCAGUCCUGCAAAUUUCAAGUCGCCAUUCAAGGCGGGCUCGUUGGGUAGCUCCUCUGACAUGUAUCGCCACGCCCGUUCUUCAGAGGUGUUCACAGAAGCUGUCAAGGAGGAACAGGACCAGCUGAAAGACAUUGGACGCAUUCCGACUCACUCACGCAAACCGUCGUCCAUACAAACCUUGCCCCAGCAAGCACUCCGCGUCCCACCGCACUCGCUACCUAACGAGACGGCUAUCGCCUCAUCAGGAUCGUCAAGUCCAAGAGCGCCGCUGCCCCGUUACACAAGUGCAUUCGCCGGCAGAACUAAGCGAUCGUCAUCCACUUCUCAGCCGGACAAAACCAAGGAAAGCGGUGGGAGCUCGGCAAAAGGCUCGUCAUCCGACCAAGCAGCUUCCGGCACUAAGAGUGACGAAGAUGACAUAGCUGACUUCAUCCGCCUUGUCGAGUCGAGCGCCGUUAAGGACGCAAACCUUACCAAACCGCAGCCUCGGCACGCUGUGGACUUGUCUCGCUUCAGCCAUCUACGAGAUACGUCCAGUCAGCUAUCCGAGGAGAUGGAAUCUUCUCUUGUGCUCAGCUCUACGACACCGCCAAGUCGCCGGCUUAGCAAUGUUCCCGGUCUUUCUACGUCGUCAAGCCCAUCGUCACGAGCUCACGCGUAUGCGCCGCCCGUGCGUUCGCGGCUAAGUACGCAAAGUAUAGCUGAGGAGGCUAGGAUACUACCCGCAAUACCAGCGGAUACUGAUGAAGGAGAUGAACCUUUUAUCUUCCAAACGGAAGAAUUAUGACACUGCACAUAGAGUCUUGUCGCAUAGCGUAGCGCUUGACAUCACUAACCUCCAGCCUUCUUUGCUUACAACUUUGCAGUAUGCGUACUUUCAAGCGGCACCAGCGGCUUGAAGCCAGCGUACC